GGACAAAUAAAAUGAGUGGGCAGACCAAUCAAUUAUCGAAAAAGGGCCACGUAACUGUUUCCAAACCACAUCCAUUCCCUCUAAAUUACUCCCUCCCCUCCAAACCCCCCCAUCAUUCUUCCUCGUUUUUCAAAAUCAACUUCUCCACUGAGAGGAAAAGAGAUGGCAGCUUCAUCGGCAUGUGUUGUGGGAAAUGGCAUAUCUGCAGGUAAUACGAAAAGAGGUUUGAGGAAGGAAAUUUUUGGCAGGCGGUUAAUCCAAUCCUCACGCAUUCCCUCGUCUAGUACAUCUAAAGUAGUUAGUGUAAGAGCAUCUCUGGAUGAAAGGACAAAUGAAGGCCGAAGAGGCUUUCUGAAAUUGUUGCUUGGCAAUGCUGGAGUUGCUGUUCCUGCAUUACUAAGCAAUGGGAAAGCUAUUGCAGAUGACCAAGGUGUUUCUAACUCAAGGAUGUCUUAUUCUAGAUUUUUGGAGUAUCUAGAUAAGGAUAGAAUAAAAAAAGUUGAUUUGUUUGAAAAUGGUACCAUAGCCAUUGUUGAGGCUCUCUCUCCAGAGUUGGGUAAUCGAGUGCAGAGAGUACGCGUACAACUUCCAGGUCUCAGCCAGGAGCUUCUGCAGAAGUUUAGGGAGAAGAACAUUGACUUUGCUGCCCACAAUGCUCAAGAGGACUCUGGUUCUCUUUUGUUUAACUUAAUUGGGAAUUUGGCUUUCCCUUUAAUUUUAAUUGGUGGUCUAUUCCUUCUCUCAAGACGGUCCUCUGGUGGAAUGGGUGGGCCUGGGGGACCUGGUUUUCCACUAACCUUUGGUCAAUCGAAGGCCAAAUUCCAGAUGGAACCAAACACUGGGGUAACCUUCGAUGAUGUUGCUGGAGUAGAUGAAGCCAAGCAAGAUUUUAUGGAGGUGGUGGAAUUCUUGAAGAAGCCUGAGAGGUUUACUGCUGUGGGUGCUCGUAUUCCUAAGGGAGUUCUUCUUGUUGGUCCGCCAGGUACUGGAAAGACCUUGCUAGCCAAGGCUAUUGCUGGUGAAGCCGGUGUUCCUUUUUUCUCGAUUUCAGGUUCUGAGUUUGUUGAGAUGUUUGUUGGAGUUGGGGCUUCACGGGUCCGUGAUCUUUUCAAGAAGGCGAAGGAAAAUGCUCCCUGCAUUGUCUUUGUUGAUGAAAUUGAUGCUGUUGGGCGUCAAAGAGGAACUGGUAUUGGUGGAGGAAAUGAUGAAAGGGAGCAGACCCUGAACCAGCUCUUGACAGAAAUGGAUGGUUUUGAAGGAAAUACCGGUAUAAUUGUAAUUGCAGCAACUAACCGUGCAGAUAUUCUUGACUCUGCCUUGUUGAGACCUGGAAGGUUUGAUAGACAGGUCACAGUUGAUGUCCCAGACAUUCGUGGAAGAACUGAAAUCCUAAAAGUUCAUGCAGGCAAUAAAAAGUUCGACUCAGAUGUAUCACUUGAAGUGAUAGCCAUGAGGACACCUGGUUUUAGUGGAGCAGAUCUUGCUAAUCUCUUAAAUGAGGCGGCUAUUCUGGCUGGUCGACGUGGCAAGACAGCAAUCUCAUCCAAAGAAAUUGAUGAUUCGAUCGAUAGAAUAGUUGCUGGAAUGGAAGGAACAGUUAUGACUGAUGGCAAGAGCAAAAGUCUUGUAGCAUACCAUGAAGUAGGCCAUGCCAUUUGUGGAACUCUAACUCCAGGGCAUGAUGCUGUGCAAAAGGUCACCUUAGUACCCCGUGGUCAAGCACGUGGUUUGACCUGGUUCAUCCCCUCAGAUGAUCCAACCUUGAUAUCCAAGCAGCAACUUUUUGCUAGAAUUGUUGGUGGGCUUGGUGGAAGAGCUGCGGAGGAGGUUAUAUUUGGGGAACCGGAGGUCACAACUGGUGCAGCUGGUGAUUUACAGCAGAUCACCGGCUUAGCCAAGCAGAUGGUUGUCACAUUCGGCAUGUCUGAGAUAGGUCCAUGGUCACUCAUGGACUCAUCUGCUCAAAGUGGUGAUGUGAUCAUGAGAAUGAUGGCAAGAAAUUCAAUGUCCGAAAAGCUAGCUGAAGAUAUCGACGCUGCAGUCAAGAGGAUUUCUGAUAGUGCAUACGAGAUUGCUCUGAGCCAUAUUCGGAACAACCGUGAAGCUAUGGACAAGAUCGUGGACGUCCUUCUUGAGAAGGAGACGAUGACAGGAGAUGAAUUCAGAGCAAUCCUGUCAGAAUUUGUCGAAAUCCCAGCUGAAAAUAGAGUUCCUCCUACUCCAGCUCCGGUAGCCGUAUAAUAGCAUAUAUACAGACAUUGAGAUGACUUUAAACUUGACAUAUAGCUUCAAUUUAUUCGAUGUACGAUGUCAUUGUCUACUUUUGAACCAAUUCCUAGUCCCACAUGUAUAGUAGUACAAGCGAAAAGAGGCCAUUGUUUGCCUUUCAUAUGUUUUUCGUCUUGCCUUUAUUGGGAAUUUGCCUUUUGAACAUUAUAUAAGCAACCACAUAGUGAAUGCAGUACAGAGUUUGGACA